AAAUAGAUAACAAUCCGAUGUUGCCAGUAGCGCAGUGAUUUGUGGGUUGGUGCAGCUGGCAAAUGACAGGAAACUACUGGUGUUUGACCUGUUCCUGUUCGUCGCCAUUAUUAUUAAUAAUUAUUUAGAUGUGUCAGUGGUGUUUGUAAACAAGUGAUUUUUUCUAAAAAGUAGCCCCAUAAUAGGUCUACUGUGGUGUGGUAUAAAAAAUAUAUAAUGCUUAUUUGUGCAAACAAUGAGCAAAAUGGACGAAGCGGACUUAAAACUAUCCACCUGUCUACAAAAACUAGAAUUAGAAGGGCCGAAACAGCAGCGUAAAGAGGUGCACGGCAACCCAUUCCGAAGACGAUCGAAAUCAUUGUCUAGUAUUACGAAUCCAGGCGCCCCAGUUUGUCAUUGUCAUCACUCGAAAGGCAAUGUGAAGAAGACCACGUCUUUCAAGCGUAAUACCCGGAAAAUUAUUCAGGAUCCCGUUUUAAACAUAGUGAAGUUCAAAGGACAUCACAGGAAAACCAAAGAGAACGACAAAUUGUUUGGACAGUGCUCCAGAUCAAGAGAGAAGGACUUUAAGAAGCUGGUGAAUGCAUGCAAACAAUUAACUUUGGAUGGUUGCAGUCUACCAAGGCGCCAAUCACCAGUAGACGGACUUCGUAGUUUGGCCAGUGCCGAUUUAAGUGGCGUAGCCAGCUGUUCCCAUCAAGCCAGGCUAAAUGUGAAUCCCCCAUGUGAUGUUACCAUAGAUGAACUAGCUAGCUACUUUGAGACUUCAGUGCAUAUUCCUAAGAAAAUGAGCUCUAUGGCCGAGAUGAUGUAUAUUUAGACCAGUUGGUAGGAUGUUUACUUUAAAUUGUGUGUAGAUUUGCGUUUACUGAAUACUGACAUUGUCCCUUUAUAAUUUUUUAGUUACUAUUUCCUUUCAUACUGCAUAAGCACGUCAUUCGCUCUGUGUUCAGGCAGUUAUAGGUGUAAAUUAUAGAUGUAAAAACUG